AUGUCGACAAUCAUCAUGAACAACAGCGGCCUCAAUCCCCCUCCUCACCGAAAGCCCGUGCCGGGCAGGACUUCUGUUUCGCCCGCCACUUCCUUCACCAUGCAAACCCCGAUGCCGAAACAGCCACCCGCACAAGCCCAGCCGUACGCUCGACAAGCCUCUCAUUCGCGGACACGCACAAGCUCCUCCAAUGCCAUUCCCUACAACGCCUCCAACCCAUCGCCGCCGCAGUUGAACACGGAUACCUGCACAAUGACCUCGCAGCAUCCACGGCAGCAACCGCCAUAUCCCGGGCAAAGCCGCCGCACGCUGUCGAACGCGACUUCCUCCACAUCCUCCACCAAUACCACUGCCGGUCUGCAGAGGGUUCCUACGAGCUCGGGCCAGAGCACCACCAGCGGAGUUCGACGAUCCACCUCGUCCCGCAGCAAUGGAUCUUCGGCAUCGCCAACUUCAUACGUUGCCCUCAUGCGAAAACAGAAAGGCACCGUGUGGUGCGACCGAGCGCAGCAUGAAGACCCGAGGAUACUGUCGGCUCAACGGCAGGCCAAGAUGAGGGCAGCACAAGAAGUCGCCGGAGGACACAACUACGCAACUCAAGUACGGACGAGCACGAGUAGCACGGGUGUGGUCGGAGGAGUGCGGAGCAAGAUUAGGCACCACGGUGCACCCAAGGCCAGCGCAUACAACGCUGCAAUCCUUGGCGGAUCCGGAGGAGUGCCAAUGAGAUUGAGCGCCUCCGAGGUGGAUGACGGGAAUGACAGCGACGAGGAGACGGGGGCUCGCCAUCACGCAAGAAAUGGCAGCGGACGAAGCAGUCUGGGUAGCGGAAGAAGGGGACAGAGCUACGUCGGAUCCAACCUGGCUUACAGCAAUGGCUCAACGCCGCCGGGAGUCAGUCCUGUGGAUAGCAUGGGCGACGUGCAAGAAGAAGAAACACCGAUGGUGAACGAUGAUGGCACUCGCAAGGAAGACUACUUCACCCAGACGGGUGGCAGUGGCAACAGCGGCGAGCAAGAAGAAAGCUUCGGCAAAGUCGGUGGCCUUCCUCCGAGGCGCGCUGGCGCAGAGCAACCCACCAAGUCUACCCUCGACGACCUGCGCCGGCGUGGAAGCGUGGACGAACGGACGAUGACCAUGAGCGGUCCACGACUGUUCGUUGCCAACCCCGACCUGAGCGAUUAG